AUGUUCUACAAAUGUUUAUAUUUAUCGAUUGAUUUUCCUUCUAUCUCUCAAACAAUCAAUCUAUUUAAUUAUUCUUCUAGUCCAAUAUCUAUCUUUUCAUAUUUAUUAGUCUCUUUCUUUCUCUUUCUCUAUAUGUUUACCGCAGCCUGUCUAUGUAACUUUUUAUUUAUUUCAGUCUAUCUAUCUAUCUAUCUAUCUAUCUAUAUUUAUUAUUAUUUCAGUCAGUCUAUCUAUCUAUCUAUCUAUCUAUCUAUCUAUCUAUCUAUCUAUCUAUCUAUCUUUUCAUAUUUAUUAGUCUCUUUCUCUCUCUCGCUCUCUCUCUCUCGCUCUCUCUCUCUCUCUCUCUCUCUCUGUUUCUUCAUAUAUAUACCGCAGCCUGUUUCUGUCUAUGUAUUUAACUUAUUAUUUGUCUCGGUCUAUCUAUCUAUCUAUCUAUCUAUCUUUUCAUAUUUAUCUCUUUUCAUAUUUAUCUCUUUCUCUCUCUCUCUCUCUUUUCCCUCUUUCUCUCUCUCUCUCUGUCUUUCUUUCUAUCAUUCUCUAUAUAUUUACUACAGCCUGUUCGUGUCUAAAUAUUUAGUUUUUAUUUAUUUCAGUCGGUCCCCACACGUUUCAAACUAG